AGAAUCUUCAUGCUUGUAUGACUCGGAGCACGUAUUUUGCCAUUACAAACGGAAGUCACGUAUAGCAAGGACUACUGAGAAAUCACUUUGUAAAUUAAUGGGAAAAAGACAAUUCCUUGAGUCCUUAGACAAUACAUAUUGUAAAAAUUGGAAAUAAAAUGUAAACAUCAUUCCGCAAUUUGAAGUAUUAUCCGAAGGCUUAUUUAAAUUGCUGCCUCAUCAACAGAUAUAUUGCAAUUAAAGAUAGAACUAGAAUGCAAACACUUAAAGAGGAUACGUUUUAGUCGUUGGAUUUUAAUUGUGAAUAAAAGCCAGGGUUGUAUCGAAUGAAUAGAACCGGAUAACAAUAGUUUCUAAUUAUUUGAAUAAUCGAAAUUGUAUGAUGUAAUUAUCUUUGCUCUAGAUUUCACUAACAAAAGGACUUAGAAAUUAGAAAUUCGUUUUUAUUUUGAAAUUUCGUUACACACACAUGAUUUUAAAUACAGUGCGUUAAUUUCUUAUUGUGUUUGAAAGAAGAAAUUAUUGCAGUUGACGGGAGGAUAGCGAUGCAGAAGAAUUAGUUAUAGAGUAAAGAGGAUUGAAUUUUAAAACGAUACAAUGGAGUGGUUUAUUGAGAAGAGGUGGAUUUGGAUCCUUGAAUUUGUAACAAUUUUUGUGUUCAAAACAGUCCUUACCCACAAUUUCACUCAGUUUACUCUCUCGUCGAGUAAUGCACGGUAUUCUGAUAAAUUAGUGCAACAUUUAAACACAAGCAUAAUACAAUGUGCGAUAUUAUGUAAUGGUGCAGAUGAAUGUACGUCUGUUAACCACAAUGCGGACACGGGCGUUUGCGAACUAACAGCAUACGUUCCUGGGGUGGUGACACUUUCAACAGAAACCGAAUCCGACUGGAACGUUUAUUAUGAUGAUCGUUUUGUUCCUGCUGUUGAAGCGUGGCAGCAAUCUACACACGUGCACGUGAAUGGACCACUUGCAGCAAGCUUUGCUAUAGAUGGUAACCGCGACAAUAACGAUAAGGUGACUUAUGAAAUAUACUGUGCUCAUACUGUAAGUGGCUUUUCUUAUUGGGGAAUGGAAUUUGAGCGUUUUGCAGAAGUGUCCCAUGUCAUCAUCUUUUUUAGGAAUUCCUCACAACUCAACUACAGGAAUGCGAAUUUGCGGUUACUGAUUUCCCCUACCCGACAAGAUUCAGACAACAAUAACGGAACUGACUGCGCAUACUACGUCGGACCACCAGCAUCGCCGUCUUUACCUGUAAAGAUCCCAUGUGCUCAGCACGUGACAGGAAAGUUUCUGAAGAUCAUCCACAACCAGGAUGACCCCCUUGGUCUUUGUGAAGUAGAGGUUUUCUCGGUUUAGAGGGGGAACUGCUGAAUUCGGUCUGAUUAUUGUUUGCGUCCGCACUGGUCAUUCUUUAUUAUAUUCUUUCAUUUAAAAUCUGUAAGUGGCAAGUAGAAUGUAUUCAAUGAUAUAAGAAUUAUGAGAGAUGAAAAUCAGCAUCUAAUUAUUUAAGAGGUAUGACCACCCUAAUAAGCACUGUAAGGAGCUUACAAAUUGAUAACGUGGGUCAUUUAAAUGUUUUAUUGGACACCUCCAUACAGACUUUAAACAAAAUUUACCGUAUGUUCUAUGGGUUAUGGAUAGUUUUCUGAAUAAAUGCUUGAAUAUAAGAUAGG